AUGUCUGACGAAAAAAUGUAUAUUUCGUACAAUAAUGUACACCAAUUGUGUCAAGAGUCAGCUGACAAGAUCAAACAAUUCAAACCAGAUUUAAUCAUCGCAAUUGGUGGUGGUGGUUUCAUCCCUGCUAGAAUGUUGCGUUCCUUCUUGAAAGAACCAGGUCAACCAAACGUCAGGAUUAUGGCCAUUAUUUUGUCCUUGUAUGAGGAGAUUGAAAACUCUGAUGGAGUGCAGGAAAAACCCGGUACUAAAGUUAGCAGAACUCAAUGGAUCGAUUACACUCAAUCUAAGAUCAACUUGGUUGGAAAGAAUAUCUUGAUUAUUGAUGAAGUUGAUGACACAAGAACCACCUUACACUAUGCUGUUUCAGAGUUAAAGAAGGAUGUUGAAGAGCAAGCUAAAGCUUUAAAUGCUGACCCAAAGAGCACUAAAUUUGGUAUCUUUGUUUUGCACGAUAAGGAUAAGAAAAAGAAGGCAGAUUUGCCAGAUGAGAUAAUGAAGACGGGUAAUUAUUUUGCUGCAAGAACCGUUCCUGAUGCUUGGAUUGCUUACCCAUGGGAAUCAACUGACAUUGUUUACCAUCAAAAGAAAGCUGAAGAACAGGGAAAUGAUGUAUUCCUCCCUUCUACUACCAAAGAAUAG